GCGGGGAUGGCGGCCCUGUCCCCCCUGCCUCCCCUGCCCCCGCAGUUCAGGAGCCUCCAGCACCAUCUGAGGACGGGCCAGGAGCACGACAAGAGGGAGCCCGUCGUGGCCUAUUACUGUCGAUUAUAUGCUAUGCAAACAGGAAUGAAGCUUGACAGUAAAACUCCAGAAUGCCGCAAGUUUUUAUCAAAACUUAUGGAUCAGCUAGAAGCUCUUAAGAAGCAGUUGGGUGACAAUGAAGCUAUCACUCAGGAAAUAGUUGGUUGUGCCCAUUUGGAGACUUACGCUCUGAAGAUGUUUCUGUAUGCGGACAAUGAAGAUCGAGCUGGAAGAUUUCAUAAAAAUAUGAUCAAGUCUUUCUAUACUGCAAGUCUUCUAAUAGAUGUCUUAACAGUUUUUGGGGAACUCAGUGAUGAAAAUGUUAAACACAGAAAGUAUGCCAGGUGGAAGGCAACCUAUAUUCAUAACUGUCUGAAGAAUGGAGAGACUCCUCAAGCUGGACCUAUUGGAAUGGAAGGAGAAGGUUCCGACGAUGAAAGUGAAGACGUAGGCACAGCCUCGCUACCCGCUCAGCCUCAGCCCUCAUCUUCUUCCUAUGAUCCAGGCAGUAUGCCAUCAAGUCAUUUCACUGGCAUACAGAUUCCUCCAGGUGCACAUGCCCCAGCAAACACUCCAGCUGAAGUGCCUCACAACACAGGUGUAGCAAGCAGUACCAUCCAACCUACUCCACAGAAUAUUCCUCCUGUUGACCCAUCUCUUUUCAAUGCUCUAUCUCUAGGGGAUGUCCGUCUAACCCCGGAGGACUUUGCCCGAGCCCAAAAAUACUGCAAAUUUGCAGGGAGUGCCUUGCAGUAUGAAGACGUAAGCACUGCUGUGCAGAAUCUACAGAAAGCCCUCAAGUUACUGACUACUGGCAGAGAAUGAAGCCAUUGUCCAUGCAUUUUUGGCCUAAAGAACUAACAGUCCAUUACUCCAUAUUCAGCCUUUUAGGAACACAGUCAUAAGGAAGGCUUCAGUUCCACUGACAUAACAAUGAAAUCUGUGUCUGGGUAUAAGAGUCCUGUUGCCGUAUUAAUCAGCAGCCUCAGCCAGUUUUCAUUUUACACUUAGUGGAGUCAGUAAUGUUUGGGAAGAGUGACUGUUAGUGGGAUAUUCAAAAUGCAUAUUGGAGUCAGCAUAGAACAGUGAGAAUGAGUGCUUAACUAAAACGGAUUUAUCUUGAAAGGGUAAUGAUAAUUCAGUUUUCAUACUGGGCUACAAAGCAUAGUCAUCUUUCGAAAGCACUGGCUUUACUUCCUAAUUUAAAUAGUAACUUUGACAAAGGUUGUAAAAAUCAAAGUCAUUUGUACAUUAGAAACCAUACUUAAGCUAUUAUUUAAGAUUCUGCAGAAAGCUAGGAUGGAUAAGUCAUCAGUAGUAGAAUCCUUGGAAGAUCAUUUUUAAAAACUCAAUUUGUUUCAUUGUUGAAUGAGAAUAAAUUAAAGUUAGUUCAUUUUUCAAGAAGGGAGUAAUAGAAAACUGAAUGGAAUCAGUCUUCUGUAUUAAAGUAGUAAUUUUGGUUUUCAGCGGCUUGAAACGCAACUUGAAAUUCUGGGUGAAAUGUAUGGGGUUUUUUUGUUUAUUUCCCCCUGACUUUGCUUAGACAGUUUGACUUUAUAAACCUGGGGAAUGAGAAAAGGGCAUUGUUACUAAUGCCUGGGAACUUCGCACUUUGAAUAAGAUGCUCUUUUACUUAAGUUGGAUUCUGAAGAUUUUUCUAUUACCCAAAACUUCCUGUUUGAAUGAUUUAGUAGAUUGACUUUGUUUUGGGGAAUUGUGGCAUAAUCAGUUGUGAUAUCUGCAUCCAUACUAUAUAAAAAAUAAAAGCAAAGUACUCCUCCUUUAACUAGAAUUACCUGUUACAUGAACAAAAUAUCAGUUUCCUAACACCUAGUUAAUUAGCCAUUUUUAGCCAAAAUAGGCUUGCUGCAUUCAAAUUGUAAAUUAAAUGAUUAAUCACUGUGUAAUUAGUACCUAAAGGUAGGGGAUUCUUCAUGAAAACUUGUGAUGUACCUGACAUGUCCUGGUAAGACUGCAUGAUUUCCCUACAACCUGUUUGAAAGAGUGGGUGAAUCAUUUACCAAACAUCUGUAAGCAUUUUCAUGGAGUAAGUCUUGAGAAAACAAGUCAGUUCCUACUUUUUCCUGUGUAGUUCUAAUCCCAAUGUCUACAAAGUUUGCCUGUAUAGAGUACAUUUUGCAUAUUUAGAAUAAACAAUUCCAAGGCAUUCCCCAAAACUUCCUGUGAUUCUGGCCCUAGGUUUCCACUUGUUACUGUAUUACAAAAAAUAACUGAUGUUUUAGGUUUCAUAAAAAAGCUCCUCAAAUCGCCCCCAAAAUUGAAUUGCUCCCUAUUCAGCAGCCUAUUUAAACACACCGGUGCUUGGACAACCACAGACCGCUGGGAAAACCCUCUAGAAUUAUUCACUGCGUUUGGGGAAAUGAAAAUGCUUUUCUGCAUUGCGAGAUAUAGUCAUGAGGCAAUUUGUAACUUGAAAAAGUUAGUUUUCAAAAAAUACUAGUGUGUGAAUCUUUUUUUAACUCCUUCAAACAUUGUAGAAUGGUAUGAUGCUCUAAAAAAUGACAUGGCAGUCAUUUCGUAAGAUGCUAUUUACCCAACAGGAAGGUGACUUGUAAAGGGAGAACUGUAGUUCAAUCCUGGUAAGUGUGAAGAAAGUUAUGUACUUGUAGGUUAUGCAAAGUUGUCCCAGAAUGCAGUACAAUCAAUCGCAGUGAUGUCCAGCAGUGCACAGGAGAAAGAUUCAUUCAUUCCAAAAGAAACUGAAGCAGGCUGUAUUUCAAUAUUAACAAAGUUCUCUUUAAAAAAUUCUUAAGAGGUUCGGAAAAAUCUGCUAGUGAAUCCUUGCAGACAAAAACUUAAAUAGGCAAUACUAAUGAUACCCACUUUUAAGGUUACUUUGUAUUCUAAUUCUGGCAUCCGUAAUUCUAAGUAAAAUGUUAACAUCUUUAUUGAUCAUAACAAACUAUAAUUAUAAAGUGUAGAUUUUAGUAAAAUGAGUUCAUCCAGGAAAAAAAUUCUACUGGAAUGCAGUUUGCACAAGCGCAUAUCUACAGAUUUAUUCUCUAGACUGUAAACUUGUGAGCAGGGAACAUUCUGUUGACUCUCCUGUAUUAUACUCUCCCAAGCACUUAGUACAGUGCUCUACACAUAUUAAGCAGUCAGUAAAUACCAUUGAUGAUUAAUAAUUUUGCUAACCAUACAGAAGUGAGAACAGUCACUCCUGGAGUGAAACGUUGUAUUUCUUUAAAGGCACAAUGUCAGUAGCCCAACAAUUUAAAAAAAAAAAAAAUUCAUCCACAUCAUCUUAAAACUUUAGGUUCGUCAUUUGGCGAGCAUCAAUCGCUGCCCGUAGGGAGACGCAAUUAAGACAACUCAUCAAUGUCCUUCACACCCAGAGAUGGGGCUCCAUUUCCUUCGUAUUUCCCGACAGACUUUCCAGGAAACCAAGUCCACAUCCUACGUCAGGAACUGGUUUCAGGAGCCAAAUUUCCUUGGGCCCCUAACAAUUGUGGGACCACCCUGAAAUAGAAGCUUGCUCCGCUGACAAUGGCUAUUUUUACCAUAGACAGGUAACUAACUAAAGGUAUAUGAGAGAUUGGGCCCCUUCACAAUUGCCUUCACUCAGCUACGGAGACAAAAUUAUUAUUUUCACCUAGAAGAGGGUAGGUGUGGGUCUUAAAAAAGAGGUACAGAGGAAAGUUUAGCUUCCCCAUAGGUGGGUGGGACUCUCAUAAAGGGUUUACUGCUCUUAAUUGUUCUUAAUGCUGUCUGACUCAUUAACCAGUUAACAAUAGGGGAUUUGCUACUAGUUCUUUUUGCCUCCUUCACCCCUGAUUUAAAAAGCGUUGGGUCCAUGUGCAGACAGGGUGAUUUUUCUUCUUGUAAACGUUGUAACUUGGGCAUUCUUCCCGAGUAGCCCGAUUGACAUAACCAGAUUGACAGCUGAUACCCAGGGAUGCACCAGCCUGCCUAGAACCUGGAGACUGCCCUAAAUCACCCGUGGCAAUAACAUUGUAGAAGGAAGGGUUGAGGAGCUGGAAAUUGGAAAGUCCAGAAAUGCAGCCUGUCGAGUAGAAGAGCAACGGGCUGUCGUCAAGGCCUCACGGUAGGAAAUAGUUUUCUCUGCUGCCAUUUGCUUGGAGUUCAGUGUUUAUGUGGUGGUAUGUAGAUUUAAGGCAAAAAUAAAUUUCCUAUUGGAAAAUUUGUUUCAAA